AUGAGUGAUUCCGAAAAGGAGGAUGGUCCGACGACAACACGACCGGUGGACAAUGCUUGGUCGUUAAAAAUCCCGGCUUUCAAGCCUGAGGAUAAUCCUCAUCGUUUACUCGAAGAGAGUUCAUUCGCUACUUUGUUCCCCAAGUAUAGAGAACAAUACUUGAAAGAACAUUGGCCAUUGAUACAAAAAGCGUUGGAUGAACAUGCACUCAAGGCUGAGAUGGAUCUGAUCGAAGGUAGCAUGACUGUGAAGACUACCAGAAAAACGUGGGAUCCUUAUAUUAUAGUUAAAGCUCGUGACAUGAUCAAACUUAUGUCUAGAUCUGUACCCUUCGAGCAAGCGGCGAGAGUGCUUCAAGAUGACAUUGGUGCAGAUAUCAUAAAAAUCUCUUCUUUUGUAAGAAACAGAGAGAAGUUUGUCAAGAGACGUCAGAGGCUCAUAGGGCCUAAAGGUUGUACCUUGAAAUCUAUUGAGUUGUUGACAAACUGUUACGUUGUAGUGCAAGGACAGACUGUAGCUGCAUUAGGCCCUUACAAGGGUCUUGCGCAAGUGAGACGUAUCGUUGAAGAUACUAUGAAGAAUAUUCAUCCCAUUUACAACAUCAAAGCGUUGAUGAUUAAGAGAGAGCUGGCGAAAGAUCCGAAAUUGAAGAAUGAAAAUUGGGAAAGGUUUUUGCCUAAAUUUAACAGUAAGAACAUUAGCAAGAGGAAACAACCGAAGAACAAGAAAGAAAAGAAACCGUAUACUCCAUUCCCACCUCCUCAACAGGAGAGCAAGCUAGACAAGAUGAUGGCCUCUGGAGAGUAUUUCUUGAAGGAGGAGCAAAUGAGAGCGAAGAGAAAGAGGGAACAGAACAUCAGGCACCAAGAGGCUGAGAAGAAGAGGCAAGAACGUAGAGCGCAAGCAUUUGUACCUCCUGAAGAGGAGUCCAAAGAAAAGAAAGAACAGACUGACGUAGUAAAUUUGGACGAGUUUAAGAAGAAGGUUAAAAAGGCACUGAAGAAACGCGGUGCCCAGUCAUAA